CGUGGUUUACGCUACUGCUGGGCACAGGCGUCGUCAUGUAUAGGGUGGGUUUGAGCAUUGAUCACCACGCUAGCUCUCUGCGGAUUGGCAUAAAAAAUUCACCACUUAUUUCGAGUUCACACCAUUUUGAGUGCAAAACCCCUCCGAUCCAUAGUCUGAUAUAAAUUUUGUAUGGAGUUGACACCUUGAAUGAUGUAUUAUCCGAUUUUGGUGAAGGAGGGUACUGUUUCUAACAGAGCCUACUGACCAAAAACUAACAUAACUAGAGCUAACUACUUAUAAAUAAAAAUACUGUCUAAAGAUAUGCUCGUGCACCAAGUGAUCUGUAGUUGGAAGCCACAAUUUUGUUUGGAUUGUUUUAUUAUAAAACAAAGAAAGAACAAUGAAAAUUUUGCAUUUCUAUUGCAUUGAAUUACUGCUUGUCAUAUCAAUUGUUGCAAGUAAUGGAGUUAAAGUAACACUGAAAAAUGGGAAGUUGAAAGGAGCGAUGCUUGAUUUGGUCACAGGGGAAGGAGAGUAUUACAGUUUUAAAGGGAUUCCAUACGCUCAGCCACCCAUCGGACCAUUGAGAUUUAAGGCACCUCUACCCGCACAAAAAUGGAAGGGUGUUAGAAAUGCAACGCGACAUGGUCCAAUAUGUCCACAAGUCGAUAUUCUUACUAACAUUUUUCUGCCUGGCAACGAAGAUUGUCUGUUCAUCAAUGUAUAUUCACCAAACAUUAAGCCUAAGACUCUUCUCCCCGUCAUUGUGUAUAUUCAUGGCGGUGGAUUCAAGAGUGGAUCUGGAAAUGAUGCUUUCUACGGACCUGAUUUUCUUAUUAGGAAGAAUAUGGUAGUUGUGACCUUCAACUACAGAGUAGAUGCAUUGGGAUUCUUGAGUUUGGGUACUGAAGAUGUGCCUGGUAACGCUGGACUUAAGGAUCAAGUGUUAGCCUUGAAGUGGGUACAAAAUAACAUCCAUGUAUUCGGAGGAGACAGACACAGUGUAACUAUCAUGGGUCAAAGCGCAGGAAGCGCCAGCGUUGCUUUACACGUUAGCUCACCUAUGUCCAAAGGUUUAUUUCAUCGGGCUAUUGCUUUAAGUGGCGCUCCAAUUUCCGAAUGGGCUUUACCCUUUCAGCCAGAAAGACGAGCAUUUGUGCUCGGUAAGCAACUUGGCUUUGACACACAAGAUCCGGAAAAACUACUAAACUUUCUUCAGAAUGUGACAUCUGAUAAAUUAGUCAAUACUGCGCCUUAUGUUGUAUCGUCUGAAGAAUACUCGAAUAAUAUAUUAAGAAUGUACCCAUUCGUGCCAGUCGUUGAAAAAUACGUCGGUAAAAAUAGUUUUCUGACAUACGAUAUAGCCAGAAAAGUUGAUUACAUGAAUAAGGCUGAUAUUUUAUUCGGUUAUACGAAUCAAGAAACAGCUGGCGUAAUUGAGAGACUAAUAUCUGAUUUAAUACCAAAUUAUAAUAAAUUCCCAGAGCUUUUUGUACCUCGAAAGUUAUUUGCCAAUAUAGGCCAAGACCUGAUUUUAGACCUUGCAGACGAAAUUAAGGAUUAUUAUUUUGGUAAUAAAUCUGUUGAUACACAUUCGAUAGUACAAUUCGUUACUUAUAGCAAUUAUGUCGCUUUCGUAUAUGAUAUUGUAAAUUAUUUUACAAAAUUACCUGUUCUCAAGAAUACUGUACGAUACGGUUAUCGGUUUUCAUGCGUGUCAAGCAGGAACGUGUUAAUGACACCAGCGAUUAAAUACGGAAUCAAUGGAAUAAGCCAUGGUGAGGACUUGGACUACUUGUUCGAUCCAAAAUUAGUGAAGUUGAACUCAGAUAAGCAUAGCGAAGAAUUCAGGCUUAUUGAUCAAAUAACAACGUUGUUUACCAAUUUUGCCAAAUAUGGAAAUCCUACACCCGACUCUUCGCUUGGCGUCAAUUGGCCUAAAUAUGACACAAAAACAAGACAGUACUUGGACAUUGGAAAUAACCUAACUGUGUUAAAUGUAAAUGACAAUGACAAUAUUAGGUUUUGGGACAACGUUUACCAAAAAGCAGAUUCUAUUUUGAAUCGAAAUUGUAACUGAUUGCUGUAUUGUAAUAUUUGUAAUGGCCUUAAACAGAUUUUGAAACCUAUA